GCAAGAAGACCAGCUCGAACCUAUCCCACCAUUUUUUUGCUUUAUUUCCCCCUCCUCGCCGCUGAGAGCCAAAGGUCAAUCGACAUCCGGAUUUCAUAGUUCCCUAUCUUAGUGUACAAGAUUCAUUCGACUUAGCAGCAUCUCGCGCUCCGCGAGUACGCCGUCCCCUGUGGUUGUUGCGGAUCGGAAUGGCAGCCAUGCCAGCAGUCUCGGGCACCGCAACAUUCCCUCCCCAAAGCAGCCCACAGACAGACCAACCUGCAUGGAAGGAUGCCUCCCCGUCCGGUUAUCACGACCUUACACUGGGGGAUGUCCUUGCCUCAUGGGACCCUACGCAGCAGUCAUUAUCCGCAGAUCGGCAUGGAACUAAUGCUUAUAUAUAUAUUAAGGGCGGCCUAUAUACCCACAAUGGCGGCUCUAGCCACGACCCAUUUUCGACGGACAACUAUCUAGGUAGCAAAGAUGUCCGUUUAAGCCAAUCGACUGCGGUUUCCGAUCAUAAGCGUCCGAAUGCCGAUGUUUCAUCCUCGGAACCCGAUGACGACGACCGCUCGAAAUGGAUCCACAGGGAUAAGUUGGCUAGGAUAGAGAAUCAGGAACUUCGAGCUGCCGGAAUCAUUCUACCUAAGCCGAGGGCCCAGAGCAGGCCAGGUCGAGACCGUAGUCAGGACAAAAUGAACGGCCACCGCCGAGCUACGGAUGCUUCGGAGCAUCCCGUCUCAAGAUCCCGAAAAAACUCGGAACUAAGUCUUGAUCGGACUCUGGACCCCGAGGGCCCGGCGUGGGAUUUGCGGCUGCCCGAGGAAAUAGCAGAGGACCCCGGCGAGUACUGGGUAACGAAUGGCACUGGUAAAGGAUCUCGUAUACCGGUAGCAAAGGUCAGCCCCGCACCUAUCCCUGCCGACUACCUCGACCGUGAUGCUCCCGUUGCGCGACAAGCAAGCGCCGGUCUUGACGAGGACACCCCGAUUUCACUACCGAAGCCGAGGUCACGCAGCGGUAGCUCCAAUGCCCUCGAUGCCCCCAGGGCCCAGCCCACAAAACGCGGUACGGCGGACGUGUCACCCAAGAAGACGACGAACGGAGCUAAGAAGGUCACUGCUCCGAAGUCAGGAGUGCAUGGUCGGCCUAAAACGCGAUCGGGCUCGGCUCCUCGUAGCGGCUCGACAACGCGGCCAACGACGCGGUCUGGUGACUUAUCGCCGAUAUCCAAGUCUGCACCGGAGGGCGAUCCUCCAUGGAUGAUCUCGGCCUACAAACCCGAUCCCCGGUUGCCGCCAGAUCAACAGCUCCUUCCUACGGUCGCGAAGCGCCUGCAGCAAGAGAAAUGGGAACAGGAAGGCAAAUUCGGGAAUAUAUACGACAAGGAAUUCCGUCCUCUUAACGACGAAGGUUUCCUAAGGCCCCCGGAGCUAGAACAAAACAAGGAUACCGAGGAGAAGCAGGAUGAGUGGCCAUUACGGCCCGGCGCCAAGAGCCCAAGUACGAGUCGCCCCGGAACAAGCUCUUAUUCGACGAUGCCGAAGAUUCAAGAUACACCAGCCCCCAACCCGCUGUCGAUGCAACCGUCGCAGACCCAGUCCGUUCAGAUUACUCGAGUACCAACUCAGGCGGAGCAGCCGCCUGAGGAAAAGCCGAAGAAGGAGCCUGGCUGUGGUUGCUGUGUAGUUAUGUGAUCAGUCAGGCACAGCUCACAUGAACAACAGGACGGGCAGCCGCAGAUAGCUUUCUCGCGACGCUCUACGCUUUUCGAGGUUCGGUAUUGGCGUGGGAAAACGACUAGAUUAGACCUGAACGACGUUACGAUCCCGGGACUUUGGCCAUAUUCAGCGUUGUUUUCGUUUGCUGACAUCUGCUAUUCCCUUAUUU